AUGGGCAACAGCCAACAUAAUAUCAAUCGGAAAACCGAAGAGCAAAAUAUCCUCCAAAAUCCUCAUGAAGGUGAAGCAAGCCAGUUUUAUUGGGCUUGUCGAAAUGGCGAUGUGGAACAUGUUAAAGAACUUUUAAACACAAUUCCGUAUCAAGAUCUUAACCGUUUGGAACCAAAUGGAAGUACUCCACUACACGCAGCUUCCUACAACGGUCACAGUAUAAUUGUAGGUCUACUUUUACGUGAACGUGGCUGUCAACGUGAUCGUGUAAAUCGGCACGGACUAACUGCAUAUGAAGAGGCACAAACAGAAGAAAUACGUCAAUUAUUUUAUCGUCCAUCGGAAAGAAAUCGAUUUUGUGAGGAAGACGACGAUGACAGUAAUGAUAGCAUUGGCAAUAGGUUCACGGUAAAUGUAAAAAAAGAAGAGAAAGAAGACGACGGAAAGCCGGAUGAUUUCGCUUAUGAUCAAUGGCUUGUGGGCUAUGAAACAUCAGAAGAAAUUGAAUGGGUUAAAGCUGAUUUUGCAGCUGGUAAAGCUAUUUGUCAAAAAUUUAUCCCAUAUUUGUCGGACAAACAAUGUGGAAGUCUAACCCAUAUACUUCAACAAAACUUUUCUGAAGAACUCGAUAAACUUAUUUGUGAACAUAUUCCAAAAACACAUCGUGAAUUUGAAAAAUGUAAAAUGUUAAUUCAAAAAGCUUUCGAUAAACAACAAUUGCAACCGGAAUAUUUACUUCGGCUAUAUACUCUAGAAACUCCAGUAUAUGGUGCAUUGAGUAAAGACGCUGGCCCACUCUUUCAUCCCCUUCUAUUUGCAUUGAAUCAAUUAAAACCGAGACACUUUCAAGGCACUUCAUAUCGUGGAGUAAAAAUGGUCGAAGAAGAUUUACAUGCUUAUCGGUGGGCCAUGAAAAGUCGUGGUGCUAUUGAAACACGAACAUUUUGUUCCACUUCGCUGGAUCGAUCUGUAGCCGCACGAUUUGCUGGAAUCAAUAGACCCAUCAAUAAUGAGCGGCGAAGUGUUCUGAUGGCAUUUAACUUUCCUCAACCGUGUGAUACAGCAUUUAAUUUAGGAAAAAUUUCAGCUGAAUUGUCGUGUGUUUCGGAAUAUGAAAAUGAAGCUGAAGUUUUGAUGCUUCCUUCGACAUUGUUUAUUGUAAGACAGAUUGAAACUGCUGCAAAUUAUGUAACAAUUCAAUUGGAAAAUAUUGAGACUAAACCAAAAUCUCGUUCUGCAUAUUUUAAAGCCUUCUUUAAGAAUAUGAAACGAAAUGCAUCUAUUACUAUCGGUUCAAAAACAUAUUACGCAAAAGAACAUCCAAGUUUACUACGUUAG